CAAGAAAAUAGACUUUUGAAUUGGAUAACUGGGGCUUUCUAAAUACCCUGAAAGCUUAAAGCUAUUCUUUACUAAACUGCUAACACUAUGUUAUUCAAGGGCUGCACCCCAGCUAGCACAUGGGGAUUUAUCGGGAGCUCUUGCAAAGUCCCAUACAUCUCACAUGCCAAGACUGUCUCAGUUUGCUCUUCUGGCAUAAGGAGCCAACUGCCAGCCAGCUAUUCAAUUAACUACUAUCAACCAAAUAUCUGCCUACCAAAUCUAUACUGUGCAGCUCCUUACUUCUCCAGCAGCAGCCAAACCAAUGGCAAUUUGCUACCAACCUGCCUAUCACCUGCAAGUGUACCAUCAUCUUGUAUUCUGUCUUCUGCCAGACCAAUUAAUUGCUAUUUGGAUGGCUCCUAUUGCAAGUACAAUGAAGCAAUCUUCAGUAGCGAUGGAAAGGAGACAAUGCAGCUCUUGAAUGACCGCUUGGCUUCCUACCUGGAGAAAGUGAAAUCCCUGGAGAAGGAGAAUACUGACCUGGAAUGCAAAAUAAGAGAGUGGCAAGAAUGUCAAACCCCUCGUGUGUGCACAGAUUUCAGCUCUUGCUACAGCACCACUGAAGAGCUCCAGCAACAGAUCUGCAGUGCCAGGGCUGAGAAUGCCAGAUUACGUCUAGAUAUUGACAAUAUUAAAGUGGCUUCUGAUGACUUUUCUUUCAAGUAUGAAUAUGAACAUGGGCUUUGCCAGAGUGCCAAGGCAGACAUCAGUAGUCUGCAUAGAUUUCUGGAUGACCUGACCCUAUGCAAGACUGAUCUGGAGACAGAGCUUGAGUCCCUAACAGAGGAGCUCCUCUGCCUCAGGAAGAACCAUGAGGAAGAAGCUAGUCCACUUCGACAUCAGCUUGGUGAUUGUAUUAAUGUAGAGUUGGAUACAGCUCCAUCACGUGACCUGAACAAGGUCCUGGAGGAGAUAAGAUGCCAGUACGAAACCUUAAUUGAAAAAAAACAGUGUGAAGUUGAGGACUGGUACCACACUCAGAUGGAGGAACUAAAUAAGGAAGUGAUCUCCAAUGAAGAACAGCUGCAAGGCUGCCAAAAUGAGAUCAUUCAGCUAAAACACACUGUUCAGGCUCUGGAGAUCGACCUGCAGACCCAGCACAGCCUGAAUACUGCUCUGGAAAGCACCUCGACAGAUACUGAAGCCCGCUAUAGCCACCAGCUGUCAGAGCUCCAGUAUCUUAUUAGCAACAUGGAGGCACAGCUUGCAGAACUUCGGUCUAACAUACAACACCAAAACAGUGAGUACAAGGUCCUCUUGGAUGUGAAGAGCCAGCUGGAUUGUGAGAUUAGUGCUUACCGUAGGCUACUGGAUGAAGAGGACUGCAAGGCAUAUCACACAAGUGAUACACAGACACAAAUCUGCUGAUAGCUGCCCAGCUGUCUCUGGUUUGUAAUCCAGACUGUGCAAACUCCAUCUGGUAAACCACUCUGUGCACCAGAGCCAAUGUUCAUGACCUGCUUGUUCCUCUAGCUAUAGAGCCAUUGUUCCAGAAAAAGAAUUGAACUUGCUCUACUCUGCUGCAAGUCCCAUGCUGCCUGUUGCAUCAGCAACCCACAUCUCCAGAAGUAUUUUCCCACUUUACAAAUCUCCAGCAUCCGCAGCAAACUUAUCCAAGGCAUCAAAGCAAAAACUGAAUCAAGCAACUGAGAGAAGAAUCAUACUUCUUCUCUUUGCUUGGGACCUUACUCAAGGCUUCUUACCAAAGUUUUGUACACUGAAAUGUACCGGCCAGGUUCUUAACCCAGCCUGUUUCUACUUUUGAAGUUUCCCUCUUCUAUUCUGCUUUUCUUAACAUCAAGAUGCAAUGAAUUUUUUUAUGCUAAUAAACUUCAUUUCUCUGGCACAGCAAA